GGAUAUAUGACGCGUGUCCCCUAUCUUCUUCUUAUCCACAGAUUGUAAGGUUUUUGAAGACGAGACAUGGAAGAUCUGAGUCCAGGCAACAGUUGAGUCUCUCUGAUGUGAUGUUUCUGUGGGUCCCACUGCCCAUGUCAAGCUCACGCACGGACCAAGAUUCGAAGAAAAGGGUUUUGCACACGAAUUAUAUUUUAUUCAGAAAUGAAGAAACCUGUGUGAGAAAGCUCUUUGGUUUGACCAAAUGAAGCAUUUACAUUUGAGGGUAUAAAAAAAUAGGAGGAGUCAGUCUUUUCGUCUUUUCUUUUACAAUCAAUCUCUCUGCGAUCAGAUUUGCACAUCGUCUGCUUGCAUUGACCAAAUGGGAGGUUGUGUGUCCAAGAGCAACGUAGAGCCAAAGUAUCGUCCCAGUCUCGGGAUGGGAUGCUGUGGUAGCAAAAUGGGGAGGAGAACGCUUUCAGGCCGCAUCGUUUCACUCCAUGACUUGGUUUCUAUUCCCAAUCGGAUCACCAACAGCGGAAACAGCAAGAGUUGUUGCAUUUUCACUCAACAGGGACGCAAAGGAGUCAAUCAGGACGCCAUGAUCGUGUGGGAAGAUUUUAUGUCGAAAGAUAUGACAUUCUGCGGUGUUUUUGAUGGACAUGGUCCUAAUGGUCACCUUGUUUCUCGUAAAGUGAGAGAAUCGUUGCCUGUAAGGUUACUGUCUUUCAUGCAUUCAAUCCAGUCUAAGCAAAAGGGAUCCACUGACAAGGAAGAAUCUAGAGAGGAGGAGGAGGAUAAACUGAAGCUACUGUGGGAAGAAGCUUUCUUGAAAUCAUUCAAUGCUAUGGAUAAGGAACUGCGUUCCCAUCCUAAUGUGGAAUGCUUUUCCAGCGGUAGCACUGCUGUUACAAUCAUUAAACAGGGGUCACAUCUGUUCAUAGGAAACAUAGGGGAUUCUCGGGCAAUACUUGGAUCCAAAGACAGCAAUGAAUCCAUGGUUGCGGUUCAGCUAACAGUUGACUUGAAGCCUGACUUACCAAGGGAAGCAGAGAGGAUCAAGCAGUGUAAAGGUCGUGUGUUUGCGCUGGAAGACGAGCCAGAGGUGCCACGAGUAUGGCUACCAUUUGAUAAUGCUCCUGGACUAGCCAUGGCUAGGGCGUUUGGUGAUUUCUGUGUGAAAGACUACGGUGUCAUUUCAAUACCGGACUUCUCUCAUCGUCUUCUUACAGAUAGAGAUCAGUUUAUUGUCUUGGCCUCAGAUGGAGUAUGGGAUGUGCUAAGCAACGAAGCAGUGGUUAAAGUCGUGGCAACAGCUACAAGCAGAGCAUCAGCGGCUAGGCUAGUGGUGGAUUCAGCUGCACGCGAAUGGAAACUAAAGUACCCGACCUCGAAAAUGGACGACUGUGCAGUUGUGUGUUUGUUUCUAGACGGGAGAAUGGACUCAGAGUCAUCAGAUGACGAAGAACAAAGAUCCUCUUCAGCAACAAGCGCAGUAGAGACAGACGAAAGCCAGAGAACAGAGCCGUGUCUUCAGAGAAACGCCACAGUCAGGUCAUCAUCAUUAGAAAACAACAGUUGCGGUAAUGUGAAUGAAGAGAAGGAGAAAGUAACGGAAGGAGGAGAACAGAACUGGUCGGGACUAGAAGGCGUUACUAGAGUGAACUCACUUGUUCAGCUUCCGAGAUUCUCUGUAGACUAAAACCCAAGACUUUGAGAACAUGACUUUUGGUUGUUUUCAAGAAUUUGAUUUUUUGGUCCCAAGAAAAGAAAGUCUUAUGGUUGUGCAUCUAUUCCAGCACUGGGAGAUUCAUAGUGCU